AUGGCGCAACCUUGGCCGCAACCGCUCAUGCAGUCCUUCACUUAUGCAAACCAACCGCAAUUUGCCACUGACGAAAGCGUCUUCUAUGGCCCCUACACUCGGCUCCUGUAUCAUCUCUUCGGCGUGUUGGGCCCCUAUGAGAUCUCCCCUCAGUAUCACAUCCCAAACGCAGCGCGAGAUGUCAUCGAUGUCGUGGCACUGUUCACAGUUGAACUCAACAAGCACCCUGUCUUCUUCAUAGAAGUGAAGCCCACCGCCUCUCUCAAUCUCGACUCCAAGCGAAAGCAGGCCGAUGAUCAAAUGCGCGAUCGCUUCCGGGAUCUUCGCCACACCCUCAUUACCCCGCGCUUGCCCGCUGUCAGUGCAUUCGGCACGCGUCUGUGCUUUUACGAAUACACCGUCGCCACCAACGCAGUUGUGCCAGCUGCCAUACCAGCUGAUCCACUCAUCCUCAAUGAUGUCGCGCCAGCUGAUCGAUGGGACUGUGAUCUCCUCGAAGCCGAUGGCGCCGCUCGUUUUCGUCAGCUUGUUGAAUCCGUCCUUGAAAUGUGCCAGGCUUAUGAACAGUAG